UACGCUUUCUCCGGAUCGCGCGGAUCGUUUACCCGACCGUUGGUUGCAGCGUGCAGCGUGGUGUCCGGUGACGGCACGUUACGCCCCGAGAAUCGCGUACGAUCACAACGAGCAUCGCGAAGUGAGGCAAUUAAGUGUGAGAUACGCGAGUGUGUUUCUGGUGUCCCCGUCGUAUUAGCGGAAUUCAUUUAAUGAGAAGUUGCGGAAAUUCCGGAAGUCACACGAGCGUAUUUCGAUGGAAAAUUCAGUAAAGUGUGCACUCUGCCAUCACCACCCGGCGCAAAAGCAGGUGGCACGUGUUUCGGGAGUUGGUGAAUUGGUGUUUAUCGUGCGUUUACUUUGAGUGCAUCCGGUGGAAGUUACCUUGGCUUGGCAAAAAGUUAUCAAAAUGUUGCCCCAAAGUUAGUCAAAUUCCCCACUUAAACGCAACCACCCGGAAAGUGUAACUGAUUUGCCCGAAUCGCACCCGUAGGAGGAAAGGUUACCAAGGAAAUCAGCCAAGGAGUGCGAGUUGUGAGACAGUUCGCAGGCAGCAACCUUUGUCAGUGUUCUGCGACAGAAAGUGGCCACAACUUUUUUUGGGGUGAAUCAGCAGCAGCAGCAGUAGACGAAAGUCCUUCCCAGAAAGUUGCAAUCCUACCCCAAAAACGUGACGAAAGCUGACAGAAGACGACGGAUGGAUCGGCGUCGGUCGGAUUAUUAAUUAACUGCCCGGGUCCGAGAGUUUCGGUCGGCGCAUCCGAAGGAUUACUGAUUACUAGAGUGACAACCACCCACUGUAUCCCGGGGUCCGAACCCUCUUCUGCCCGCCACAAUAUCCCGCACGAUCACACAGAAGGAGGGAAACAGGAAAAGCGAUAAUGCACGAAACGGAUCUCGUGGCGUACCACAGUGGCAGCAACUACACACUCAACCAGACGGACGUUCGGAUAGUGCUCGAGGAUGAGAACCUGUACAAGGUGCCAAUCGGGCUGCUGGUGCUGCUGUCGCUGUUCUACGGCACCAUCAGCCUGCUGGCCGUCAUCGGGAACUCGCUGGUCAUCUGGAUCGUCCUGACCACCAAGCAGAUGCAGACGAUAACGAACAUGUUCAUCGCCAAUCUUGCGCUGGCCGACGUCACCAUCGGUGUGUUCGCCAUUCCCUUCCAGUUCCAGGCGGCGCUGCUGCAACGCUGGAACCUGCCCGAGUUCAUGUGUCCGUUCUGUCCGUUCGUUCAGCUGAUCAGCGUCAACGUGUCCGUCUUCACGCUGACGGCCAUCGCUGUGGAUCGGCAUCGGGCCAUCAUCAAUCCGCUGCGGGCGAGAACAUCAAAAAACAUUUCCAAAUUCGUCAUCUCCGCCAUCUGGCUACUGUCGUUCGCGUUGGCCGCACCGAUCCUGUUUGCGCUGCGCGUUCGUCCCGUUUACAACAUCGUGCUGGGUGGUAUGAACGAAACGUACACCAACGUCACGGUACCGUUCUGUAAGGUCGUCAACUUCGAGCACGCCGAAAUCCAGGUGUACCGGUACGUGCUGGUGCUGGUACAGUACUUCAUUCCAUUGUUCGUCAUCAGCUUCGUUUACAUACAGAUGGCGUUCCGGCUGUGGGGCUCCAAGACGCCCGGCAAUGCACAGGAUUCGCGUGAUAUUACCAUGCUGAAGAACAAGAAGAAGGUCAUCAAAAUGCUGAUCAUCGUCGUGGCCCUGUUCGGUGUGUGCUGGUUUCCGCUGCAGCUCUACAACAUUCUGCAUGUUACGGUACCCGAAAUUAAUGAAUAUCGCUUCAUCAACAUUAUCUGGUUCGUGUGUGACUGGCUGGCGAUGAGCAACAGCUGCUACAACCCGUUUAUCUACGGUAUUUACAAUGAAAAGUUUAAGCGCGAGUUCCGCAAACGUUACCCUUUCAAACGGGGCCAAAGCUUCGCCCACCAGCACGAGUCGGACAAAACGUCCUCGAUAUUUACGCGCGUGAGCUCGAUCCGGUCGAGCUACGCCACCUCGUCCAUCCGGAACAAGCUGAGCACCGGUCGGUACGCGGCCCCGAAGCAACUGCCACUGGCGUUCAAGUUUCCCCCGGCCACGGCCCUUCACUACCAGCACCAGCACGGACCAGGGCAGCUACUGCAUGAGCUCGGUCCCGGUCGGCCAGCUCGAAGGAACGAAAGCUACCCCUCGAAAGGGGCCAGCAGUGAUGGUGGCAUUGGGGGUGGCAGUGCUGGUGGUCUGCUGGCAGCAACCAACUUUUCUCACGAACGAGCACAACCGGAUCUGGAUGCGAACCAUCAUUGUCCGGUGAAUGAUCUCGCUGGCUCCACCAACGCACAACAACGUCAGCAGCAGCAGCAGCAACAGCUGAGGAUGGCCUCCAGCACAACGACGGAUGAGGAGGACGAGUACCGGCUACGGCCGUACGCUCAACCACUCGGUGAGCAAGCGAUCCGGGAGCAAAUUCCGCUCCGUUCGAACGGAAGCGAACUGAAGCGACGGUCCGGCCCGCGGAACCAUGGCCCGCCACCAUUCAAACAUCCGCAUCCGGACAGCGGAGGCGAGAGUGUCGACGAUGAAGGUUCGAGAGACGAUCGAUCGGCGAAGCGGCAAGCAUCUCCGGUAGCACCACCGUCCGCCGAUCCGCGCGCUCACCUUUACUGCAACAGCCUCGAGGACCUGAGCAGCCAGUACUGAACGCGCCCCCUUUCGCCGCACUCCUGUGACCCCUUUUUCCACAAAUUCUCCCUCGUCGGUGCCGGAAGCUGAGAUGUGAAGACGGUCUCGGGAGGGGAAAACUCGCUUUCAGCCACUGGUGGGUGGAAGCGGUGAGCUUUGUACCAA